AUGAAUUCCGCACAAGCAUUCUCUCUCAUCCUUGGCCUCUUUCCUCUGAUAUUUCGUGAGGAUUCGCGCAACACCUCGUGGCCCCCCUCUCAAGCUUAUGUUUUUCUUGUCCCACGCAUUCACAGUGAUGAUGGAUUUAUCGCUUGCCGGCACGUACGAUGUGCUCCUGGUACCGCUUCUAGUACCAAAGGCGAUCUUGCAAGAACAAUGGUUGCCCGCAAAUCUGCGCGACGGUCUGCUUCCCAUUCCUGGACAAAUCCUCAAAGAUUUGGAUCUGGCGCAAGAAGCGAGCACCGCCUCCGAGCCUUUGCACUUGAUCUUUCUUCAACUCGGCUAUCAGCACAAUACAGGUCCGGGCAAGAUGUGGAUGGGCAUGCGAAUGAACAGCUUCAGCGAGGCCAAGUAGGUGUUUUUGCUUUGAACGCGAUGCAGCGCGCGUCUGCUUGAACGAACUUUCUUCACUCUGAUCACGCAUACAGGCUGGAAGUGCCCUUCAUGAGACACCCGGCCGCCAGCGAUGCAGGCUCGCACGUGCCUUUUCUCUUCAAGCAGACCAUGUAAGCUUGCGCUUACGCUCGGCUGAGCAGCUCAUCCAUCUACUCACGCAGCACCCUUCUCUCCAACACAGUCUCUCCUCUAGCCGCAUCAUCUCUACAGCAGCGCGCUACACGCCGGGCGCGCGAAGUCUGCACGCCUCUUUCAAGCCCGACAAGUCUCCAAGCUCCUUCGAGGCUGAUGCGCAGAGCAUCCAGUAUACCGUUGCUGAUUGGUUGGAUGCCAAAGCUACGCGUAGCGGAGAGCUGGAUGAAGCAUUCGAAAAGAGGUGGGAUGCUGUGAAGCGAUUGGCAGAAGCUGCUUGGUUUGCGGAAAGGAGCGGAAAGAAUAUCAUCGAGGUGCGCGUUCGCUCCGAAGACGCUUCCCCCUGGCCUCUUUCUCCCGCUCGUUCGCGCUCGCGCCCCGCAGUUGCACUUCUUCUGACUCUUGCUCGCGCCUCCCCACUACCAACUCCAAAGUUUCACUUCAACACAUCUGCACCUCGUAUAGCUCCUAGAACAUACGUCGUCGAUUUGACUCUCAACGUCCAGCGCUUUACGCACGAAAGCGGUCUGGGUGCUCAGGCUCACACGCAAGCUGCAUCAUCAUCAUCAUCGUCCUCGUCUCAAGAGCUGAAUUUCACAUCCAUCAAGGCCUUCAGGACCAAGCUGGACCUCACUUCGCAAUCCUUCAACGUCGAUCAGAUCGUCCAUCGCCAGACGACGCGGGACGGUGAGGUGAGGGAUGUAUCAAAGUCGGCUCCAGCGGUUGAUCUGCAUCAAGACCUGUGA